ACUUAUACAUUUACACAAUCUGGGACGCGUAAAUGGAAAUAACGUCACCAUGAUUGGUAUCAACAAAGUUGGCUCCAUGUAUUCGCCGUGGAGGACGCUCCACAGGUACCAGGCCACGUGCUCGAGGCACUUUUCGACUCAAGUCGCGAGAAACGACCAGGUGGAGAAGCUCUACGCACCCGUAGUUAUAAAGGAAGUUGGACCGCCAACCGGAGGAGGCCCAGUCUAUUGGGGUAUAAGAAGAUUUCUCAUGAGGGCACGAGAAAGCGGGGCCAGAAAAUCCAUGUUCGUCUCAUACAACUUUGAUUUCGGACGCGCCUGCUUUGCCGGAUGUCCAAAGCAGUCGUUCGAUCCCAAACUCAACCAGUGGGUCUUUCUCAUGGACAAUGACCUCUGGGAUGGUACUGCAGGCCGCGUUUGGAACGAUGUAGCCUGUACCAUAUUCUUGAACAUGUUCAUUGCCAUGCUCAUCUACUACUCAUGGUUCAGGAUCGUCUCCAACAACAAGCACAAUGCAUGGGCACGCUGGGCCAAAACUGAAGAAGAUGAUGAAUAGCUAACCGACCCAAACACAUCUAGCAUUCAUACGUGCAAGGUCAUUCGCCUGCAUAACAUGAAAGGUACAAUCUACAAA